UUCUCUUUUUGUUAAUUUUCUCAAUGGUAGAUCGAUUCUCUUCAACUCUAUCUUUUGUGCAUAUCAAUUUCUAAAAUUGUAAAAUAGAGAAUAAUAAUUUUGUAAGAGCAAAGUGUGAAUAGUUAGAGAGAUUAUAAGCAAUCGAUAGUUACAUCGAUGUACAUGCCAUAAGAAAACUUAUUAUGCGUUGCAGAUAGAGAUUGAUCAGAAUCAACCAUACCUUCUGGUAGUAUAAAAGUGACUCCCUUUUUUCAUAAAUCACACGUGACAUGAUACACAUUAAAUUGUAUGAUGUAUAUAGUUAUGCUAAUAAAAUUACUUGUAAUUAAAUUGAAGUACUAUUUGGUUGUUUGGAUGAAUCUCCAUGAGAUAAUUUCUUUGAGGCAUAGAAGUAAAAAACAAUUGCUAAUAUUAAUAUGAUAAUAAUAUGCACAACCUUAGACAUAAUAAUUUUGUGGUUCUUUGAUUAACUAUCCAUCCCUGACCAUUUAUUGUUGUGGUUCUAUUUCAUAGUCGAUUAGUGUGAUAGAUUGAUAGUGGUAGCGACAAGUUGUAUAGCAAGGAAUUUAUGACAAUUUUAGUACGGAUAACUAUAAUUUAUUAUUCAAAUCAAAUAUUUUAAGUUUUAGUCAAACCUUUCAAAGUACAAAAUAUUAGCCAAAUGUUAACUUUCAGUUAGCAAUUUUUUUAAGUAAUAUUUACUUGACAAGAUGAUACUGACUUGAAAGAGAUACAUGGAGGUCAACAUUCUAUAAUUUUAGUAUUUUAACUAAUAAAAUAAUUAGAAAAUUACUAACACUAACAGAUAAAUGAAUAAUAGGUUGAUGCAUUACAAAAAAUUAUUUAAUAUUUUGUAUUUUGAAAGGGUUGGCUAAUAGUUUGACAAGUACGAAAGAUUUGUCAAAUAAAUUGUAUUCUCUUUAAUUAAUAAUUCAUUUAUAAACAUGUGCUUAAAUAAUCUAAUUAUAUAUUCACAUAUACAUAACUAAAUUAAGGGUUAAUACCACUGAGAAACUCGAACUAUAAAGAAAGUGGUAUCCCGAAUUAUUCAAUAUUGACAUUUAUGUCCUGAACUAUUUUUUCAUUAGUGUUGACCGAGUUUGACCGUCAAUAUUUAACAUAAACUUCACGAGUGUCAAUGUGGCAUCUUAUAUGAAAUUUUAAAUACUAGUUUUAUUUAUAUUUUCAUCUAAAAUUAUUAAAAGGAUUAAAUAAAAGACAAAAAGUUACAAAAAUCCCCAAAUCUUCUUAAUCUCCGUUGAUUCCGCUCCUAAGUCAACAUCAAGUUGACCACCGUCUACUCGAUCAUUAUUUAUAACGGUUAACAAAAUCGCCAGGACAUAAAUGACAUACAUGUAUCAUAUGUUGGGACAUAAAUGAAAUAUUGAAUAGUUAGUGACACCAAUGACACUUUCUCGAUAGUACGAGUUCCUACUGGUCAAACUAGAUCAACACUAAUGAAAAAAUUGUUCAGGACAUCUGGAACCUUAAUUUGAGAGUGAGCUUGAGAGGGGGAGCGGAGAGAGAAAGAGAAAGGCGUUUGAUAUACUUAAAUUAUGGAAAAUUUGCAUCUUGCUCCUAACAGUCCUUGCAGGGUCACUUGGAUACCAAAUCCAAAAAACGAUUUCUCUGUUAGCUCAGUCUAUGAUCAACUUAUCAUUGAGAAAUUCCAUGGCUUCCAGAACUUUGAGGCGUCAUCUAUUUGGAAGCCCUUCAUUCCUAGCAAAAUUUGUUUCUUCAUGUGGACUCUUUGGCUUAAAAAGAUCUUCACGAUGGACGUUAUUAAGAGAAGAGGGACGCAUCUUGCUAACCGCUACACUCUUUGCCAUAAUGAAGAGGAAAAUGCUGAUCACAUUUUCACCAGAUGCGAGUUCAUUCAAGACGCUUGGAGUAUUAUCAAGGCAAAGAAGAGCUUCAUUGGUAAUUUGCAAGGAGAUGUAUCUUCUGUCAUUAGCAAUAGACCUUCUUUGUCCCCCAACAACAUCGAUGAGUGGUUCAAUGUCAGUAUUCUUCAUGCUGUUUUCUGGUCAGUCUGGUUACAGAGGAACCAGAGGAUUUUCAAAAAUUAUGGUGCUGCUGCCAUGAUCAUUGCUCGGAAAUCAGUCAAGAUGGUUGUGUAUUGGCUUACUGCUCAUCACAAGAUCGACAAGGAACAUGCUGCUUCUUGGCUUGCUGAGUUUUUAUCCUAAUUUAUGUGUUUUGGAUGUCUGAUUUCUUAUGUGUGCUUUGGAUGUCUGAUGUAUGUAGCGUGUUUUACAUUAGGUAACCAGAGCGUGAAGCGGGAGCAAGAGCGAGAGCGUCAGAGCGUCGAUUUCUCAAAUACUCAAUAUUGAAAGCGUGAAUAGAGCGUCAAAAUCAUAUUAAUUUAUUUAACGACACACCUUGAACUAUAUUUGUUUUUACAAAUUACCCCUUCCAUCAGCUAUCCCAUAUAAACUCUGUUAUCCAAAAGGUCCACUAAAAUCAAAUUACGAAAGUAUCCGUUACCAAAAAUGCACUUAAACUAAACGAAAUUGAAGGUCUUUUUUAUAAGAACCUGGAUUAAAUAAAUUAAAAUGAGUUUCACAAGUAGCCUCAUUUGCAAUAACAACACAUUUUGCUCUAUAUUGGCCCACGAAGUACAUUGAUCCAAGCUCAAAAGGAGGUGGGCUAACCAAUGAGUCACUUCAUUUGGCAGAGGGAGACGAAAGACCAACCACCAGCUCUUCUUAGUUCUUUCCCUUUCAUUCGUGCUUCACCUACAGAGGGAGAAGAAAGAUCCAAAUUAACUUCAAUCAGAGGUCUUAAUCCUCUCUUUUCCUCUUCCAAGAUUUCCAUAAGCAAAGCUCUGGCUUCAGCCUCCUCUACGCUACACUUUCCUCGUUCCUUUUUGGUAAAACCCAUAAUAAAUUGCCAUUGAUAUCUCUCACCACACCACAAAUCCCAAACCUUCUUGCCCAAAGAUCCCAGUGUCUGAAUGUUAAUUUCGUUAGGCUUCAGCCUCCCCUGCGCUACUCUGGUGCGCCAUGCAUGUCUAGGUUCGAGUUUGGUUAGGCUUCCAUUUCCAGGUAAUCGCCCAACAGUCUGCCUUUUGCAAGAAAUGGAAGAAAUUAAUUGAACUUAAUUUGGAUUGAUGGGUACGAUUGAAACUGAAAUUGAAUCGUCUUCUUCAUUAGAGAGGGUAGCAGUAGCGUGAAGAGAGGUAGAGGGAGACGUUCGUCGGAGCAGUGGUGACUCAGCUUUUCUGAACCAUCGUCAGGCUCCUCUGCCUCUGUUCACUUCCAGAUUAAUCGCUUCAAGAGUACCAGAAGAAAUACCCAUAUGCUUUCAUGAGAUUGGGCAGAAAUCCAUCUUCUUGCUAACUGAGAUUCAGAGCCUCAGCGAUCCUGGAGGCGACAUGAAGGAGAAUCGCUGGUAGUACGCGGAUUAAAGAAAAUAAUUCGCGCUCCGUAAAAAGAAAAAUCGCGAAUUAUGUACGAUUUCUCAAGAAAGCGCGUUUAGCCGCGCCAAAGCGGGAGCGGCGACCGCACACCCACGAAUUGGGUGACCUAAGUUUUACAGCAGGGUCGGUCCGGUCUGAUUAGCUGUCUUUACCUUCUUCCUUGGCAGGAACGGUUUCCAAUCCGUUAAGCCUUUCUUUCAUUCUUUGUUUCUUUUUCUUUUCAUUGUUUCUUUAUGUUCUGUGUGGGAAACUGGUUCUUUCCUCAUGAGCCUUUGCUUCCCCUGUCUGUUGUUUUUAUUCCCGUUUUGCCUUUCAUCAAUAAAAUUCGCCAUUAUAAAAAAAAAUUGUUCAGGAAUAAAUAUCAAUAUUGAAU